AUGGCAUCCGAAACAACCAGCUCUCCCUUUGAAGUUUCUUCUCAUUCCGAUCAAACAUCUGCUCCUCAAAACUCUAGACAUUUUGGAAAUUCCGGAAACUCUGAAAAUCUCUCACCCCUGAUCACUAGCCACAAACUUAAUGGGCAAAACUUCCUCCAAUGGUCUCAAUCAGUCCGGAUGUUCAUCUGUGGCAGAGGCAAAGAGGAUUAUCUAACAGGGGAGAUUCCAAUUUUGAAGAAGGAUGAUCCAGGUUACAAAAAGUGGAAGGUAGAAAAUCAUCAAAUUAUGUCUUGGCUCGUCAAUUCAAUGAAUGUUGAUAUUGGUGAGAAUUUUCUUCUCUACGAAACUGCACAAGAAAUUUGGGAAGCAGUAAGAGAGACUUACUCUAGUUCUGAAAAUACAUCGGAACUAUUCGCAAUUGAGUCCAUUCUUCACGAUCUACGGCAGGGAGAUCUUGCCGUAACACAAUACUUCAACACACUCACCCGUCACUGGCAGCAGCUAGACAUGUUUGAAAGCCAUGGAUGGAAGUGCCCUGAAGACAAUAUCCUGUACCGGAAAAUAGUAGAGCAAAAGAGGACAUUUAAGUUUUUACUGGGGUUAAACAAAAACCUGGAUGAAGUUAGAGGCAGAGUGAUGGGAACUAAGCCUCUUCUGAGCCUUCGAGAAGGCUUUUUUGAAGUUCGCCGUGAGGAAAGCAGGAAAAAGGUCAUGAUGGGUGGACAACAUUCAUCUCCAACGUUGGAAGGAUCUGCUGGAUCUGCCCUUGCUGCUCGUGGCCUACGUCCUCAAAAUCAGCAUGACUCUCGGCAACAAAGGAAGGGAAGAGCAUGGUGCGAUCACUGUGCUAAACCUGGCCACACCAAGGAUACGUGUUGGAAGAUACAUGGCAAACCUGCCGACUGGAAGCCAUCAAAACCAGGAUUUGACAGAGACAGCCGUGCACAUUCAGCCACCACAGCCGAGGAAAAGCCAGCCACAGCCAAGUCAAGUCCUUUCACUAAGGGACAACUCGAUGCACUCCAAAGAAUUCUAAGCAAUACACUCUCGCAGCACGUUGCUCCUACACCAUCCGCUAGCAUGCAUGCACAAGCAAGUAAUUCACAGUCAGCAUCCUUUGUGUAUGCUAAACAUUCGAGAUAUUGGAUUAUUGAUUCAGGGGCAUCCGACCAUAUGACGGGAGAUGGGUCUCUCUUUCAUGAAUAUCAACUAAGUCACACCAAUCUCACAGUGCGCAUUGCCGAUGGUUCUCUAUCAAAGGUGGCAGGGAUUGGAUCCAUUUGGCUCUCACCAGAAAUCAUUCUCAAAUCCAUGCUCCAUGAAUUGGGUUCGAGGAAGAAGAUUGGCAGUGCUGAGAUGUGCUCGGGACUCUAUCUCUCAAAACGCCUCAACUUGGAGAAGCUUUAG